AAACAAAUCUUAAAAAAAAAUGAAAAAGAAACCAACUAGCCUCCUUCCGCAACGUCACUAAUGACACGUAUUCAAAAUGGCGGCCGCGGCGAUGGAGACGUGGUGGGCCUUGCUGCUACUGUCCUUGUUGCCUUUGGUACGGCCUUUCUAUGUUCCUGGAGUUGCUCCUCGGGAUUUCCAUGAUGGUGAGGUAGUAGACAUUAAGGCAGUGAAGCUGACCAGCUCCCGCACCCAGCUUCCUUAUGAAUACUACUCUCUCCCAUUUUGUAAACCACAAAAUGUUGUGUACAAAGGAGAGAACCUAGGUGAAGUGUUACGCGGGGACCGUAUUGUAAACACACUGUACAAUGUUCAGAUGAAUAAGGACAAAAAAUGUGAGAUUGUAUGCAACAAAAUAAAACUCAGAUUAGAAGAGAGCAAACUGGUUGCUCAGCGAAUCCAAGAGGAGUAUUAUGUUCACCUUAUUGCAGACAACCUGCCAGUCGCCACAAGGCUGGAGUUUUUCCCCAACAGAGAGGCAGGAGGUGAAGACGAGCAGAAGAAGGAUAUUAUCAAAGACAUCCAGUUUGAACAUGGCUACAGGCUGGGCUUCACGGACAACAACAAGGUUUAUCUGCACAAUCACUUGUCCUUCAUCCUGUACUUUCACAUGGAGAAGGUGGAGGAGGGGGACAUUCAUGAUUACAGAGUGGUGCGAUUUGAGGUGGUACCCCAAAGCGUUAAAGUAGAAGAUCUGAAAGCAGCAGCAGAUGGGACGACUUGCACCUUGCCUGAAGCCAGUGGCUCAUCGCCCCUGGAAAUUGAUCCAGGAAAGGAAAAUGAGGUCCUCUUUACCUACUCUGUCCAGUGGCAGGAAAGUGAUGUGAAAUGGGCAUCUCGUUGGGACACUUACCUAACCAUGAGUGAUGUCCAGAUUCACUGGUUUUCCAUUGUCAACUCUGUAGUCGUCGUCUUCUUCUUGUCUGGUAUUCUGAGCAUGAUCAUAAUCAGGACUUUGAGGAAAGACAUUGCCAACUACAACAGAGAGGAUGAUAUAGAGGACACCAUGGAGGAGUCAGGAUGGAAAAAUGUCCAUGGCGAUGUCUUUAGGCCACCUCAGUAUCCAAUGAUCCUCAGCUCUCUGCUGGGUUCAGGGAUUCAGCUCUUUUGCAUGAUUCUUAUUGUCAUCUUUGUGGCCAUGUUGGGCAUGCUGUCUCCAUCUAGCAGAGGAGCCUUGAUGACCACUUCUUGUUUCCUCUUCAUGUUCAUGGGUGUCUUUGGUGGCUACUUUGCUGGCAGACUGUACCGGACACUGAAGGGCCACCGGUGGAGGAAGGGAGCGUUUUGUACAGCAACUCUGUAUCCUGCAGUGGUUUUUGGAAUCUGCUUCGUUCUCAACUGUUUCAUCUGGGGUGAACACUCCUCCGGGGCGGUCCCCUUCACCACAAUGUUGGCGCUGCUUUGUAUGUGGUUUGGUAUUUCCAUGCCUUUGGUUUAUCUGGGCUACUAUUUUGGUUUCCGCAAACAACCGUACGAUAAUCCAGUACGGACUAAUCAGAUCCCUCGGCAGGUCCCAGAGCAGCGCUGGUACAUGAACAAAUUUGUGGGAAUCCUGAUGGCUGGGAUCUUGCCAUUUGGUGCUAUGUUCAUUGAGCUCUUCUUCAUUUUUAGUGCCAUCUGGGAGAAUCAGUUCUAUUACCUCUUUGGCUUCCUGUUUCUGGUAUUCAUCAUUCUGGUAGUUUCCUGCUCCCAGAUCAGCAUUGUGAUGGUGUAUUUCCAGCUCUGUGCAGAGGAUUACCGGUGGUGGUGGAGAACCUUCCUAGUUUCAGGAGGCUCAGCAUUCUAUGUUCUUGUUUAUGCUGUCUUCUAUUUUGUCAACAAGCUGGACAUUGUGGAGUUCAUCCCCUCCCUCUUGUAUUUCGGCUACACGACCCUGAUGGUGCUGUCGUUCUGGCUGCUAACAGGCACAAUUGGCUUCUAUGCAGCCUAUAUGUUCAUCAGGAAAAUCUACGCUGCAGUGAAGAUUGACUGAGUCAUCCUUUUGCUCCUGUUCAAACGUUUUUGGUCACAUUUCUUUUGGCUUUUUUUUAUAUAAAAUUUUUUUAGUUGUCAUGUCCAGCAAGCACUGAUUCGUGCGUCAGAGAAAACGAAGAGUUUUCACGGUGCAACAGCCCCACCCACUGGCCUAAUGGGGAACAACAGCGGUGAUGGAGCUUAACCAGCUGUUUCUCUCCUCCCUCCCUUCCUCCCUCCACCUCCUCUCUUCAGGACCUAGUCUCAGAGGAAACCCUCCUCUGAUGGGACAAAUAACGUCUUCUGAUGUUUCACGUUGCGCACAGCACAGAGGGCCAAAGCUUGUCAAACCAUGGUUUCUGCACAUUUUUUUGUUGGUCUUUAAAAUGUUUUGGGUUUAACUUAUGUGUUUUUUUUGUUCUCACAGGAUUUAACUCUGACUUAAGUUCUUUCAGUCACCUUCCAGGGAUGCUACUUUCAUCUUAUUUAGUUUGAAUAAUUCUGUACUUUUCUAUUGCCUCUGUUUCAGUGUGAUUUGAUGUGAGAGACUUUACGGAUCAGGGAAGAAUUGGGUAAACUGACUGUGGUUAUGGGGUUAACUUUGUUGUGUUGAACUGAUGGAAACUGUGCUGGAGAGUUUGGCAUUGUCAGCCAAGAAAGGAUAAAUUAAAUAUUGUUAUUUUUAUGAGUUUUCCAUGUCCUGCUGUGGCCACCUUUAAAAAUCCACGCGAUCUAAUCAAAAUAUUAGAUCCUCCUUUCCAAACAAGGAUCUCCUUAUAAAUAUAAAAAAUUUGGUCCAUUUGCUCUUCUUGUCACAGAACAGGUCUGAAGCGGACUAUGAACUAGUGCCCUGAAGCAGCAGACUGCUGGUCAGUGUAGCCGUAGCAGUGCUGGUUGCCUGCUGAACUAUGCAGUAAUGGAAGGAAGUGCAAAGUUGCUGUUUGUUUAAAGGACCAUUGCGGGGAGAAAUGCCUCCUUUGUCUGAGUUUGAAACUAAUCUUUAUUAAUACAUUUGUGUGUAUAGCAAGAAAAGUAAAAAGCCAGCAGUCAUCUCCAUUUUAACUACAUUGGUGUGAAGGGGUGGAGAGCGUAAACAUGUAAUCCACAAUGUUGCAUUUACAUCUAUACAUGUUUUGUGUAGAUUUUUAUUUUUUUGUCUUUGCUGUGGCUGCAAACAUUUGGUCACACUGUUGAAUCACUCUCCAGCAUUUAGACAUGUAGACCACAAAUGAGCUGGGUGAAAAAGUGGCCUGACGAGCAACUCAAGUUAAGGGCUUUUCAUAGUCACGUGUAACACAUUUUGCAGUAUGUAUUACUCAGCUCAGAUCAUAGUCAACAUAGAGAAAUGGUUGAACAUUUUGCAAAAUGCACAGAUUGCCGAAUAGCUUUUCUGUCAUCAUAUGGUCAUAUAUAAUCCUGUGAGUGUCACGCUAUUACUCUAAAGUCAGCCUACGGGGAUCAGUAUCCAACGCUGGAGUCACAAACGGGCUGUUCAUGUUUCAAUACAAACCCAGGAAUUGAUCCUUAAAUUUUGACUCCAACCUGGAGUCAACUGCUGAAGGAUGCUAACAAAGAGAGGCCGCUGGUGUUUGACGGACGCAAAGCCGAUGUGGAGCCUGAAUUAAGCCCUCUUCUCCAGAGGCCGAACACUCAUCGUUCCCUGUUCUCCUUGCUUCCUUUGAGCUGUUGCUGACCUGCGUGAAGAGAGCAAAACGAGCCAGCCUCUAGGACUAGAGGGUGCUUCAGGUUAAACCAGUCUAUCCAUGUAUUCCCCACUACGCUAUAAUUAAUUUCAUAUCCAUCCACUACCACGCUCUGUCCCGCCAUCGACCUCCUGUAUUAUUUCAACGAGUUGCUGAGCUCUGACACUUUCUGUCUUACGCAGAGAUGGACGCUCCUCUCCUCCCUGACGUGCACACACCAGAUUUUCUAUACAUAGACUUUGAGGUGGCCCCCGAGUCAUGUGUGCACAUGUAUGAUGGAUGGGUUAAUUGUGUAAAUAAAACAGCUCUGUUUCUGUUGCAUUUUGCUGUUUGUGGCAAUCUAUAAUGAUUCCUGUCAUCGUUUUAGCCAAAAGCAUGAAGCUCAUGAUGACUUUCAAAAGAACUCGUUUGUUACUUUUGUCUUUGUUUCUUUUACAGAAUGUCUGAUUACAAAUGUAUAGUGACAAAACAAUAAAGUGGUGAAGUAAAACUGUG